AUGACAAGUCUACUUUCUCCUGACACUCGCAUCAAGGUCAGCUCUGUUUUAAAUCGUGACACGGUGAGCUAUGGAAAACAACAUCUGAUUGAUGGAUCCGAGGAAACUUGCUGGAAUUCAGAGCAAGGUCUUCCCCAAAAUAUCCUUUUGGAUUUCGGAUCACCUGUUGAAGUGCAAAAGAUCGCCUUAACUUUUCAGGGUGGUUUUGUUGGAAAAACAUGUGUUGCCCUUGGAAGCUCCCCGUCUUCUCCAAAUAACUAUAAUAUACAGCUCAGUACAUUUUACCCGGAAGACAUUAACCCUACCCAAAUAUUUGAUAUACAACACAAAGAGCCUAUCCAGCGUUUGAAGAUUAUCUUUGAAGAGAGCACGGACUUUUACGGACGGAUUACUGUAUAUAAACUGGAUGUCAUUGGUGUUCAUCAUUAGGAUAUUUAUUUAUUUAUUUCUGGAAUCGUAGAAGAAUAUAUAUCUUUUGAGAAAAGCAUUGAUUCUUUAAAACCUUCUAAUAUUUUCUUUGAUAAUUAUCCAUAUUUAUACAGGUUUUAAUAUUUGCUCCUUGGGUUUAGGAAUUUUAACCCAAUUUUCUGACAUUUUUUUGGAGUGCUUAUUUACAGUGUGUUAUAUUAAAUCAUAUUGUAAGACCCAGAGAUCUCCAUAUUCCUUCAUUUUCUUCAUUUAUAUCAUCAGACCCAAGUUCAAGCACUAAAUAUACAAUGCAAUUUCAGU